AAUCGCAAUGAAAGUAUUCAGCUACAAUUACAAUUUAUAGCACUAUUUUGUGGUUCGUCCUAAGUCAUUUCUUCAUUCGACAUUACAUCAAGAAGUCGAGAGUUCUUGAAGGCUGUAUAUUACUUCCAAGGAAAUUUAAUUCUCAAUUUUGUUUAAUACUUUGGAUUCAAGAUGCUUUCCGUGAUCAAAAUGUGUAUGUUCCUCUGCUGUCUAAUAUUCAUUCCAGAAGUGUGUUCUCUUAAGUGUUACAUCUGUGCUAAACCUUCGUUUGCUGAAUGCGAACAAAACCAGAUUGUAGGUGAUUGUCCUUCGUCGUCUUUGUGCGCCACAGUGGGCUAUAACAUAUCUUACGCUGGAAUCCGUUCAAUGUUAUUGUACACCAAAACCUGCGCUGGCUCUUCGUCAAAUUGUUCAAGUCUAUUUAAUGAGACUGGAAUUUUGAAAGUCCAGAACUGCACAUAUCUGAAGCCGACGUGUUCUUCCGACUACUGUAAUGGUGUCCCUCCCACUACAGCAAUUCCUAUGACCAGCAGCAAUACUACGAAAUCUAUUGAUGUUAGUUCUCACGCAAAUGAAAUGAAUACAAAGAGAUCGAUCAACAGUGGAUCAAGACUUGUAAAUGUCUUUAAUGUUGGUGUUGCUGGACUAUUAACAUUUGGACUUAUGGUGUUUGUUUUUCUGUAAUCAUCGAUCAUGAUUAACUGAUUGGAAUAACAAGUUUGAGGGCAUUGUUUACAGGAAGUAUUUAUAUUAUCCCUUAAACUUUGACUUAGCGAUAUAUAUACAUAUAUGUUUGGAUGCUAUUUUUGUAGAGAAAUAAAUAGUAAACAUAGCCAUCCAAUGGAGAACUCGUGGAUAUAAAAGUGUAUUUAUUUUGAGAUAUGGCUAUUUUAUAGAAAUUAUUAUGUGAAGAUAUUUGUAAUUGAGUGAUUGGUUUUAGACUUUCAUCUUGAAUUCUUGCAAUUAAGUGGAUUGUGGAUUUUUUUAUUAUUCAUGUUUAAUCAAUAUUGUAUUGAUAUUAUACAUAUAUAAAAAUCGCAUGCAAACAAGGUGAUAUUGGAUAGAUCAUUUUUUUGGGAAAAAUAUUUAAAAAAAUUAUCUUUAUUAUAUAUGUAGGUAGUCUCCCGGCGCGGGGUGGGRGUAGACUCCCAUACAUAGAAGGGUGGGACCAUACAUAUUCUUAUCAGAGCCUUUGUCUGGUGGCAACUUUUAGGGAUUAAUUUUCGUUGUGGUAGUGUGUUUAAAUAAAAAGUUAAUAAAAUUCCUGUAAAACUUAGUCAUUUUUGGUACGAAUUAGGUGUGAAACUUGGCAGUGAUAUGAGUUCAAGUAAGGAAUUCUUGGUACCUUUUAGAGGUUAUUUUUGAAAUUUCCAACAAGCAUUGGUGUUUGUAUAUAAAGGUAGUCAUUGGUACCUAAACUCUCUGACAGAGUAAUUGUGAGUAAUAUUAUGAGGGGUAUUCUUAUUGUUUUGUACACUUGUUUUUGUUAAUUUCUAGUGUCCAUACUGCACCCUCAAGGCUGAGAGAAAAAGUGAUUUGGGUAGACAGUGUAUUAGGUACAUAGUAUAUAUGGAAGUUUUCCUCCAWCCUCCCUUUGAUGGGUUGUAAACCACUAAAAUAAACAAAUCAUCACUUCUAUAUUGAACUCAACUUUUAUUGAAGUAGAAUAAUAGAAAAUCAGAAAAUCAUCCUUGGCUAAAUAUAACAGUAAAUGUUAUAAUGUAAA